UACUAAGCCUCGUAAAGCAUUAUAACCUGAGGCUACUGAUAGGACGUAGUCGAGGCAGUUUCUUCGUAUAAAGGAGAGGAACGCAUGAUUAGUAACAUUUGUAUCGCACAACUGGAGUAAGUGAAUAGCAGAGUUUAAACGUGAGUUUGUUUGAACGUAUCAUACACAGCAUGCAGUUCUUUCGCAAAGGAAGUAUGUCGAGAGUAAACAUUUUUGCGAUAUUAAUUGCACUUUUUUGUUUGACAAACGAGUUAGUUUUAAGUGAUAGUAAUUAUUGUUAUUCCGACGAUGAACAUCCCUAUCUACGCGCUGGUACGAAGACGGCUUACGUAGUCGAACAUGGCUUAAUUAAAAAUACUACUCUUCCAAAUUGCAAGCCAGUCCAAAUUUGGAUGUUAAUUAGGCACGGAACUCGCAAUCCUGGAAAGGACCAGAUCAAAAGCAUGAAACAUAAUUUGCCAAAACUUCAAAGUAGCAUCAUCGAGAAUCAUGAAAAAUAUGGAAAUGGUAGUUUAUGCCAGAAGGACUUAGAGAAACUAAAAACGUGGAAGUUAGAUCCAAAUCUUAAAAAACACCGAUCCAAGUAUUUGACAAUUCAAGGUGAAAAAGAUUUAUCAUCGCUUGGUGCACGGUUUAAAGAUUAUUUCCCGGAACUUUUGCAAUCCUAUCCGGUUGAUACUUUAAAGCAAAUAUACAAAUUUAGAUCGACAGAUCUGCAACGAACUAUAGCUAGUAUGGAAAAUUUUAUUAAUGGGCUCUUCGGUGAUGUAACCAUCGACAACACGGUGGUAGUACCAACUUCUGAGGAUACUCUGUUACAGUAUUAUAAAAUUUGCAAGGCAUGGUUGGAACAAGUGCAUAAUUCGACGGACAAGUCCGAAGUUGAUAAAUUUUUAGAUAGUCCAUCAUUCAGAGAAAUAAUCGGCAAUGUUAGUCAGCGACUUGGCUUUUCGAACAGCCUCUCUUUCGAUGAUGUUUUAAUUAUGUACACCGCAUGCGCUUUUGAAAAUGCUUGGUACGUAAAUGAAAGAUCUCCCUGGUGUGCCGUUUUUACAAAGCACGAAGAUGAACUAUUCGAGUACGAAGAGGAUCUGUAUUAUUAUUACCACGCCGGUUACGGCGAAGAAAUGAGCAAUGUCAUUGGAUGUCCACCGUUACAGGACAUGUUUAAUCAUUUUAGAAAAUUGGAGAACGGAGACUUAAGCGACGAACCACAAGGCAUUUUUUAUUUCACUCAUAGUACGGCGCUUCAGUUGCUUUUAACAACGAUGGGGGUUGCAAAAGACUCGGUACCUUUGAAAGCUUCGAAUUUUGAAAAUAUGAGAAACAGAAAGUGGAAUAGUUCCCGUCUGGCGCCGUUUGCUGCGAAUCUUGCAGCCAUUUUUUAUAGGUGCGAUUCGUCGAAUAAAGUUAGGUUUUACUUAAACGAGAAACCUUUAGAUUACGAAGGUUGUGAAUUGGGCGUGUGCGAUUGGAAAUAUUUGAAGGAGAAAAUGGGACCCAACGCGUUCGGCUGUAACACAGAUUUUUGUAAAGCUGAUAAAACAAAAUGAUAUAUUACAUUGACUAUAGCUUUAGCAGAGUACAAAAUGUAUAGACUGCACACAUACGAAUCAACGAAGCUUGACGACCUUAUGUCAGUGGCACCUGGAAUACCGUGACCAAUGCUGGUCAGCAGGGGUGUGCGUUUAAACGUUGUAACGAAUGAUAAUCUGAUGCCUGAAAUACUUGAAAAAAAUUUCAAUCUAGUUUUUUCAGUAGUUUACCUUCAAUCUUUCCAGCAGUUCCUCAGAAUAUGAAAGAAAGAUUUUUAACGAUACCAAUAAUUUAUUUCCAGAGUCUUGUAAACGUUCGUAAUACGUUCAUAUGUGUCGUGACGAAAAAUAAACUAUUAUAGCAGGUUAUUUUAGCGGAACUUAGGGGGAACUUGUUUCCCCAGGUUCUUAUUGAUUGCGCGUGCUCAAAGUGACGGACCUUUACGAUUUUAUAGAACGCAUGAAACACUACGUUGGGCCAACGAAGGUUCAAAGGCUACAAACCGUAAUACACAAUUCGCGGGGUCUAUCGCUGAAACUAUACAACUUUUACACGCUAGGAGCAACGAAGCUCGACGACCUUACGGCAGUGCCACACGAGCUGCCGCCUCGAAAGGUGGUCGCGAUCGGCAUACAAACAACUACUACGCGCAUUUCAUGGUAUUGUCACAGUUGACUUGUAUUUUAAACAGUGAUAUAGUGCCUCAGACAGUGAUUCAUGCGAAAAUCCUUGAUAUUGCUAGAGAAUCCGUAGAAUCUAUCGUCGAAGAUCGAUUGUUCCAAGCGCCGCGUCGGGUCGUGAAGUUCUGAAACUUGAUCGUGCAAUCUUCGUAUAAAAAAUAUAGAAAAAAAAAGAAAGAACACCAAAACUUAUUGAUAAAAGUUGAAUCUGACAUAGCUUAUCGAACGAAUCACAUCGAAUGGUUUUCGUGUCGUUUUAGUUCGAAGAAUGAGAAGAAAACGAUCAUAAGUUUCA